AUGGGGGUGCCGCUGCCGAAGUCGAAGUGGCGGCCGUGGGCUGAACUCCCCGAGAGGUACCUCAGCGACAUCAUCCGCAACCUCCCGUGCAUCCUCGACCACGCCCGCUUCUCCGGCGUCUGCACUAGGUGGCGCGAGACGGCGCGGACGAACCCGCCGAGGUUCCCGUUCCCGUGGCUGAUGAUGCCAUCCACCGCCGCGACCUCCUUCUUCUGUGUCGCCUGCAGAGCGACCCACCACCGCCCCAGGCUCCCCGCGGACGCCCGCGGCGCGCGCUUCUGCGGCUCUUUCCCGGGCGGCUGGCUCGUCGCCGAGCUCCCGUGGCCGCGCGGCCACUACGCCUUGCUCAACCUCCUCACCGGCGCGCGCGUCCCCCUCCCGAGGCUCCUCGCCGUCCCCUGCCACGGUGGCGGCAAGAUGUGCCCCGUCGUUCUCCACGCCGUCACCCUCUCCGCCGCGCCGUCCGUCGAGCCCGGCCCCGGCGAGCCCUACUACGCCGCCGCCAUAGUGGCUGGCCAGUCCAAUAUCGCUUUCUGGUGCCCGCGCGCCGGGAACUGCUGGUUUCCGCCGAUCUUCUCGUCGGACGCCAGCGACGAAUCGUGGCACGAUUUCUUACCCAAGAACAGGAUCGAGGACGUGAUAUACUUCUCCGGCAACGGCAAGUACUUCGUGGGCUUCUACGUCCUCACCGACAAGGAGGACCUCCUGAUGUUCCGGCCGGAGCCCGACGGCGACGGGGCGCAGCUCUCCACGUUCACGGUGCGCUACAGCUUCCCCGGCCACUGCGCGGCCGAGCCGGCGCCGGGGCAGACGGUCUCCCGCUACCUCGUCGUGUCCCGCGGGGAGCUGCUGAUGAUCGUGAGGUUCGCCGGCCCCGAGGAGCGCACGAGGUUCGACGUGUUCGUGCUGGAGGAGAAGGAGAUCAUCAGGGGAGCGGACCACAACGGCCCGCCCCGAGUCUUGGCUUCUUGGAGACGGUGCUGCAGCGCGGCGACCCUCAGCGGCCGGAGGAUCUUCCUCGGGCGGGGCUGCUCCGUGGCCGUCGACGUGGGGUACCCCUUCCCGCUCUACAUCUACUUCCUGGACGACGGCAGGAGGUCCCACGGCGCCCUCCCGACGGCCGGGUACCCGCCGUACCCCUGCAGCGAGACCGGCGGGUUCUGGUUCUUCAACAAGGGCAUCGUGCGUUCCCUCCCGCGAGAGCCUCCGUCGGACUGCUCGCCGUGGAUUUGGUUCUUCCUGUCCGACGCGACAUUCCGGGCCGGCGUGCCUCCGCCUGCAUCUCUGGCUUGCGGCUGGGGGGUUGACACUGACAGUGAGUAG